UUGAAGAGUACUGAAGAUCUAAGAUCAUUUACAUCCCUCUGGAAGAAAAAAUAACAUAGCCUUCUAGGGCAAAGAAGGAAAAACUGAAUAGUUACAGGAUAUUCCGUGGUUCAAAGUACACCUGCCUGGUUUGCUGUUCUCCAAAAUCCCAUACUCAGUUGGUUGGAGUGGCCUCACUCUUACCUGCCAACCCGGGAGGUUGGUGAUGAGCAUGUCUUUACCUUUUCUUUGGAGUUUGGUUACCUUAUUGACUUUUGCUGAAUUAAAUGGCGAAGCUGGAGGACUUGAGCUGCAGAGACAGAAAAGAAGCGCCAAUCUCCAACAGCCUCGAAUGGCUACAGAGAGGGGAAAUUUGGUGUUUCUUACGGGGUCUGCCCAAAACAUUGAGUUUAGAACCGGAUCCCUGGGAAAAAUUAAAUUAAAUGAAGAAGACCUUGGCGAAUGUUUACAUCAGAUCCAGAAAAACAAAGAUGAUAUUAUAGAGUUAAAAGGGAGCGCAAUUGGUCUGCCUCAAAAUAUAUCUAGUCAAAUCUAUCAGCUUGAUUCCAAGCUGGUGGAUCUUGACAGAAAAUUCCAAGGCUUGCAGCAGACUGUUGACAAAAAGGUUUGCAGCAGCAAUCCUUGCCAGAACGGAGGAACCUGCCUCCAUCUGCAUGAUUCCUUUUUUUGUAUCUGUCCCCCACAGUGGAAGGGUCCUCUCUGCUCAGCUGAUGUUAACGAAUGUGAGAUUUACUCAGGAACACCCUUGAGCUGCCAGAAUGGAGGCACAUGUGUUAAUACAAUGGGAAGUUACAGUUGUCACUGCCCACCUGAGACGUACGGACCGCAGUGUGCCUCCAAAUACAAUGACUGUGAAGGGGGUUCUGUGACACGCUGUGUCCAUGGCAUCUGUGAGGAUUUAGUCCGUGAGCAAGCUGGAGAGCCCAAGUACAGCUGCAUCUGUGAUGCUGGGUGGAUGUCUCCACCAAACAGCCCUGCCUGCACGCUGGACAGAGACGAGUGCAGCUUCCAGCCCGGGCCUUGCUCCACACUUGUGCAGUGUUUCAAUACUCUAGGCUCUUUCUAUUGUGGGGCCUGCCCAACAGGCUGGCAAGGCAAUGGACAUGUUUGCGAAGAUAUCAAUGAAUGUGAGAUAAAUAACGGCGGCUGUUCUGUGGCUCCACUUGUUGAGUGUGUGAAUACACCUGGGUCUUCCCACUGUCAGGCCUGUCCACCAGGGUACCAGGGUGACGGAAGAGUGUGCACACUCAUAGACAUCUGCUCAGUCGGUAAUGGAGGCUGCCACCCAGAUGCCUCAUGCUCCUCAACUCUAGGAUCCUUACCUUUCUGCACGUGUCUCCCGGGUUAUACUGGAAAUGGUUAUGGGCCAAAUGGAUGUGUGCAGCUCAGUAAUAUUUGCCUAAGUCACCCCUGCCUAAAUGGACAAUGCAUCGACACAGUCUCUGGUUAUUUUUGUCAGUGUGACUCAGGUUGGACAGGUGUCAACUGUACAGAAAACAUCAACGAGUGUUUGAGCAACCCCUGUGUGAAUGGAGGAACUUGUGUUGAUGGCGUUAAUUCUUUCAGUUGUGAAUGCACACGUCUCUGGACUGGACCUCUCUGUCAGGUUCCCCAGCAAGUUUGUGGAGAGUCCUUGUCAGGAAUAAAUGGAAGCUUCAGCUACAGGAGCCCGGAUGUUGGUUAUGUUCAUGAUGUUAACUGCUUCUGGGUUAUCAAAACUGAAACGGGAAAGGUCCUGCGUAUCACUUUCACUUUUUUCCGAUUAGAAUCCAUGGAAAAUUGUCCACACGAGUUUCUUCAGGUUUAUGAUGGAGAUUCCUCUGCCGCUUUACAACUUGGAAGGUUUUGUGGCUCCAGCCUCCCUGAUGAGCUCCUCAGCAGUGACAAUGCUCUCUAUUUUCAUCUCUAUUCUGAACAUUUAAGAAAUGAGGGAGGCUUUACAGUAAGAUGGGAAACACAGCAACCAGAGUGUGGAGGUAUACUGACUGGUCCUUAUGGUUCUAUUAAGUCUCCGGGGUAUCCUGGAAACUACCCCCCAGGAAGAGAUUGUGUCUGGAUUGUUGUAACUAGUCCUGACCUCCUGGUAACAUUCACUUUUGGGACCUUGAGCCUUGAGCACCAUGACGACUGCAACAAAGAUUACCUUGAGAUUCGAGAUGGUCCUUUGUAUCAGGACCCCGUUCUUGGGAGGUUCUGCACCACUUUCUCUGUCCCACCGCUCCAGACUACCGGCCCCUUUGCCAGAGUUCACUUCCAUUCGGACUCCCAGAUUAGUGACCAAGGCUUCCAUAUCACCUACUUAACAUCACCUUCGGAUCUGCAUUGUGGUGGGAACUACACGGACCCAGAGGGUGAACUCUUCCUGCCUGAGUUGUCUGGGCCUUUCACUCACACCAGGCAAUGCGUCUAUAUGAUAAAGCAGCCUCAAGGAGAACAAAUACAAAUCAACUUCACCCACGUGGAGCUGCAAUGCCAGAGUGACAGUUCUCAGAAUUACAUCGAGGUUCGAGAUGGUCAAAUCUUACUUGGAAAAGUCUGUGGCAAUGGAACCAUCUCUCACAUUAAAUCCAUUACUAAUAGUGUCUGGAUCAGGCUUAAAAUAGAUGCUUUUGUUGAAAAAGCUAGUUUCAGAGCUGUUUAUCAAGUCGCUUGUGGGGGUGAAUUAACUGGAGAAGGGGUCAUUCGCUCACCUUUUUUUCCUAACGUAUAUCCUGGAGAAAGAACCUGUACGUGGACCAUCCAGCAACCCCAAAGCCAAGUCAUUCUCCUUAACUUCACUGUCUUUGAAAUUGGAAGUUCUGCCCACUGUGAAACAGAUUAUAUUGAGAUUGGUAGCAGUUCCGUUUUGGGUUCUCCUGAAAAUAAAAAGUAUUGUGGUACAGACAUGCCUUCAUUUAUAACAUCUGUGUACAAUUUUCUUUAUGUCACAUUUGUGAAAAGUUCUUCUACUGAAAACCAUGGUUUCAUGGCUAAGUUCAGUGCUGAGGAUUUGGCAUGUGGAGAAAUUCUUACAGAAUCAACAGGGACCAUUCAAAGUCCUGGCCAUCCAAAUGUCUACCCCCAUGGUAUCAACUGUACUUGGCAUAUAUUAGUCCAACCUAAUCACCUGAUUCAUUUAAUAUUUGAAAGAUUUCAUCUGGAGUUUCAUUACAAUUGCACAAAUGAUUACUUGGAAGUUUAUGACACUGACUCUGAGACAUCACUUGGAAGAUACUGUGGAAAAUCGAUCCCGCCUUCUCUUACAAGCAGUGGUAGCUCAUUGAUGCUGGUGUUUGUGACUGACUCCGACCUCGCUUAUGAAGGAUUCUUAAUAAACUAUGAAGCAAUCAGUGCAGCAACAGCGUGUUUGCAAGACUACACAGAUGAUUUUGGGACAUUAACUUCUCCAAACUUCCCCAAUAAUUACCCCAACAACUGGGAAUGCAUUUAUAGGAUCACAGUGAGAACUGGCCAACAGAUUGCAAUGCACUUCACAAACUUCUCCUUGGAGGAAGCCAUUGGUGGAAACUACUAUACAGAUUUUCUGGAAAUCAGAGAUGGAGGCUAUGAAAAAUCACCAUUGCUGGGAAUAUUCUGUGGCUCAAAUCUACCCCCAACAAUCAUCUCUCAUAGUAACAAACUAUGGUUAAAAUUUCAGAGUGACCAAAUAGACACGAGGUCUGGAUUCUCGGCUUACUGGGAUGGGUCGUCAACAGGUUGCGGGGGUAAUCUCACCACUUCAAGCGGCACGUUCGUAUCUCCCAACUACCCGAUGCCCUAUUACCACAGCUCUGAAUGCUACUGGUGGUUGAAAUCUAGCCACGGCAGCACAUUUGAACUGGAAUUCAAAGACUUUCACUUGGAGCAUCAUCCAAACUGCACUUUAGAUUACCUGGCUGUAUAUGAUGGCCCAAGUAGCAGCUCUCAUCUGCUAACUCAGCUUUGUGGGGAUGAGAAACCACCUCUUAUUCGUUCUAGUGGAGACAGCAUGUUUAUAAAACUGAGGACAGAUGAAGGUCAGCAAGGACGUGGCUUUGAGGCUGAAUACCGGCAGACAUGUGAGAAUGUGGUAAUAGUCAAUCAAACCUAUGGCAUCUUAGAGAGUAUAGGGUAUCCAAAUCCUUAUUCUGAAAAUCAGCAUUGCAACUGGACCAUCCGGGCAACUACAGGCAACACUGUGAACUACACAUUUUUAGCUUUCGACUUGGAAUAUCACAUAAACUGCUCCACAGAUUAUUUAGAGCUCUAUGAUGGACCACGGCGGAUGGGACGCUACUGUGGAGUAGACCUGCCCCCUCCAGGGAGUACUACAAGCUCCAAGCUUCAAGUACUGCUCCUUACAGAUGGGGUUGGCCGCCAUGAGAAAGGAUUUCAGAUGCAGUGGUUUGUUUAUGGUUGUGGUGGAGAGCUGUCUGGGGCCACAGGCUCCUUCAGCAGCCCCGGGUACCCCAACACGUAUCCACCCAACAAGGAGUGUAUCUGGUACAUUAGGACGGCCCCCGGGAGUAGCAUUCAGCUCACCAUCCAUGACUUCGAUGUGGAGUAUCAUUCAAGAUGCAACUUUGAUGUCUUGGAGAUCUAUGGAGGCCCCGAUUUCCACUCUCCCAGAAUAGCCCAAUUGUGUACCCAGAGAUCACCUGAGAACCCCAUGCAGGUGUCCAGCACUGGAAAUGAGCUAGCAAUUCGAUUCAAGACUGACUUAUCUAUAAACGGGAGAGGCUUCAAUGCUUCAUGGCAAGCAGUCCCUGGAGGUUGUGGUGGGAUUUUCCAGGCUCCCAGUGGAGAGAUUCAUUCUCCAAAUUACCCCAGUCCUUACAGGAGCAACACGGACUGUGCUUGGGUUAUUCGGGUUGACAGAAAUCACCGUGUUCUCUUGAACUUCACUGACUUUGAUCUUGAACCACAGGACUCUUGUAUUAUGGCAUACGAUGGCUCAAGCUCCACAAUGUCCCGCCUUGCCAGGACGUGUGGAAGGGAGCAGCUGGCUAACCCCAUCGUGUCCUCAGGAAACAGCCUCUUCGUGAGAUUUCUAUCUGGCCUUUCCAGACAGAACAGAGGCUUCCGAGCUCAAUUCAGGCAAGCCUGCGGAGGCCACAUCCUCACCAGCUCAUUUGAUACUGUUUCCUCUCCACGGUUCCCUGCCAAUUAUCCAAACAAUCAGAACUGCAGCUGGAUCAUUCAAGCGCAACCUCCAUUAAAUCAUAUCACCCUCUCUUUUACCCACUUUGAACUUGAAAGAAGCACAACGUGCACACGUGACUUUGUAGAAAUUUUGGACGGCAACCACGAAGACGCACCCCUCCGAGGCCGUUACUGUGGCACUGACAUGCCCCAUCCUAUCACAUCCUUCAGCAGCGCCCUGACGCUGAGGUUCGUCUCUGAUUAUAGCUUGAGUGCUGGGGGUUUCCACGCUAUGGUCACUGCAUCAGUGUCGGCUUGUGGUGGAACGUUCUACGUGGCUGAAGGCAUCUUCAACAGCCCUGGCUACCCAGACGUUUAUCCCGCUAAUGUGGAAUGUGUCUGGAACAUCGUCAGUUCCCCUGGCAACCGACUCCAGCUGUCUUUUAUAUCUUUCCAGUUGGAAGACUCUCAGGACUGCAGCAGAGAUUUUGUGGAGAUCCGUGAAGGAAAUGCCACGGGUCACUUGGUGGGACGAUACUGUGGAAACUCCUUCCCUCUCAAUUAUUCUUCCAUCACUGGACAUACCCUGUGGGUCAGAUUUAUCUCAGAUGGUUCUGGCAGCGGCACGGGCUUCCAGGCCACAUUUAUGAAGAUAUUUGGCAAUGAUAAUAUUGUGGGAACUCAUGGGAAAGUUGCCUCUCCUUUCUGGCCUGAAAACUACCCACAUAACUCCAAUUACCAAUGGACAGUAAAUGUGAAUGCAUCUCACGUUGUCCAUGGCCGAAUCUUGGAGAUGGACAUAGAAGAAAUACAAAGCUGCUAUUAUGACAAAUUAAGGAUCUAUGAUGGGCCUAGCAUUCACGCCCGCCUAAUUGGAGCUUACUGUGGUACCCAGACUGAAUCUUUCAGCUCCACUGGAAAUUCUUUGACAUUUCAUUUUUACUCCGACUCUUCAAUCUCAGGGAAGGGAUUCCUUCUGGAAUGGUUUGCUGUGGAUGCACCUGAUGGUGUUUUACCUACCAUUGCUCCAGGUGCUUGUGGUGGCUUCCUGAGGACAGGAGAUGCACCCGUGUUUCUCUUCUCCCCGGGCUGGCCUGACAGUUACAGUAAUAGAAUGGACUGUACGUGGCUCAUCCAGGCUCCCGACUCUACUGUGGAACUCAACAUCCUUUCCCUGGACAUUGAAUCUCACCGAACGUGUGCCUAUGAUAGCCUUGUGAUACGAGACGGAGACAAUAACUUGGCCCAGCAGCUAGCAGUUCUCUGUGGCAGAGAGAUCCCUGGGCCCAUUCGGUCUACUGGAGAGCACAUGUUCAUCCGCUUCACCUCGGACUCCAGUGUAACCAGGGCAGGCUUCAAUGCAUCCUUUCACAAGAGCUGUGGUGGAUAUUUGCAUGCAGACAGAGGGAUCAUCACGUCCCCCAAGUAUCCGGAGACUUACCCAGCCAACCUCAACUGUUCUUGGCACGUCCUGGUCCAAAGUGGCCUGACCAUUGCUGUCCAUUUUGAACAGCCUUUCCAGAUUCCAAAUGGAGAUUCUUCUUGCAACCAGGGGGAUUACUUGGUGCUGAGAAAUGGUCCUGAUAUCUAUUCUCCACCCUUGGGAUCCCCUGGAGGAAAUGGUCAUUUUUGUGGCAGUCGUGCUUCAUCAACUCUGUUCACCUCAGAUAAUCAAAUGUUUGUUCAGUUUAUUUCUGAUCCUAGUAAUGAAGGGCAAGGAUUUAAGAUCAAAUAUGAGGCAAAGAGUUUAGCCUGUGGGGCCAAUGUCUACAUCCAUGAAGCUGAGUCUGCUGGGUAUGUGACCUCCCCCAACCACCCUGAUAAUUAUCCCCCGCAUGCUGAUUGCAUUUGGAUCUUAGCGGCUCCACCGGAAACACGCAUACAGCUGCAAUUUGAAGAUCAAUUCGAUAUUGAAGUAACACCCAACUGUACUUCCAACUACCUUGAGUUGCGGGAUGGAGUGGAUUCAGAUGCACCAAUACUUUCCAAAUUUUGUGGGACAUCUUUGCCCAGCAGUCAGUGGUCCUCAGGAGAGGUUAUGUAUUUGAGAUUUCGAUCUGACAACAGCCCCACACAUGUGGGAUUCAAGGCCAAGUAUUUUAUAGCUCAGUGUGGGGGAAGAGUAACAGGGCAAAGUGGUGUUGUUGAAAGCAUUGGACAUCCAACACUUCCAUAUAGAGACAACUUAUUCUGUGAGUGGCAUCUCCAGGGGCUCUCCAGAUACUAUCUCACCAUCUCUUUUGAAGAUUUUAACCUUCAGAAUUCCUCUGGCUGUGAAAAAGACUUCAUGGAGAUCUGGGACAAUCAUACUUCUGGAAACAUCUUGGGCAGAUACUGUGGAGACAGCAUUCCUGACAGCGUAGAUACUUCUAGCAAUACUGCUGUGGUCAAGUUUGUCACAGACGGCUCUCUGACUGCCUCAGGAUUCAGACUGCGAUUUGAAUCCAGUGUGGAAGAGUGUGGUGGGGAUCUUCAGGGCUCUACUGGAACAUUUACUUCUCCCAACUACCCGAACCCAAAUCCUCAUGGCCGGAUCUGCGAGUGGAGAAUCACCGCCCCGGAGGGAAGGCGGAUCACCCUAACGUUUAACAACCUGAGGCUGGCCGUGCAUCCGUCCUGCAACAAUGAGCAUGUGAUAGUAUUCAAUGGCAUUAGAAGUAACUCACCUCAGCUAGAGAAACUGUGUAGUAGUGUGAAUGUAAGCAGUGAGAUUAAAUCUUCAGGAAACACAAUGAGAGUCAUUUUUUUCACGGAUGGAUCCAGGCCAUAUGGCGGCUUCACUGCUUCCUAUACCUCCAGUGAAGAUGCAGUGUAUGGUGGGUCUCUUCCAAACACUUCUGAAGGAAACUUUACUUCUCCUGGCUAUGAUGGAGUCAGGAAUUACUCAAGAAACCUGAACUGCGAAUGGACUCUCAGCAAUCCAAAUCAGGAAAAUUCAUCCAUUUCCAUUCAUUUUGAAGAUUUUUACCUAGAAAGUCACCAAGACUGUCAAUUUGAUGUCCUCGAGUUUCGAGUGGGUGAUGCUGAUGGGCCCCUGAUGUGGAGACUUUGUGGUCCUUCAAAGCCUACAUUGCCACUGGUUAUACCGUAUUCUCAGGUAUGGAUACACUUUGUCACCAAUGAACGUGUAGAACACAUUGGAUUCCAUGCGAAGUAUUCCUUUACAGAUUGUGGCGGAAUACAGAUAGGCGAGAGUGGAAUGAUCACAAGCCCCAACUAUCCAAAUGCUUAUGACAGCCUGACCCACUGCUCUUGGCUGUUGGAGGCCCCACAGGGGCACACCAUCACUCUCACAUUUAGUGACUUUGAUAUUGAACCCCAUACCACUUGUGCUUGGGACUCCGUCACUGUGAGGAAUGGUGGGUCCCCUGAAUCACCCAUCAUAGGACAAUACUGUGGAAAUUCAAACCCUAGGACAAUACAGUCAGGUUCCAAUCAGCUGGUCGUGACUUUUAACUCAGACCAUUCAUUGCAAGGUGGUGGAUUUUAUGCUACGUGGAACACACAAACUUUAGGUUGUGGUGGAAUAUUUCAUUCCGAUAAUGGUACAAUCAGAUCCCCUCACUGGCCUCAGAAUUUUCCUGAAAACAGCAGAUGUUCCUGGACGGUCAUUACUCACAAAAGUAAACACUUGGAGCUCAGCUUUGACAACAACUUCCUAAUCCCCAGCGGUGAUGGACAAUGUCAGAAUAGCUUCGUGAAGGUGUGGGCAGGCCCUGAGGAGGUCGACAAAGCCCUGCUAGCCACCGGCUGUGGGAACGUGGCUCCGGGUCCCAUCAUCACACCGAGUAACACAUUCACUGCCGUCUUCCAGUCUCAGGAGACGCCAGCUCAGGGCUUCUCUGCGUCCUUUGUUAGCCGAUGCGGAAGUAAUUUCACUGGCCUUUCAGGUUACAUCAUUUCUCCAAAUUACCCAAAACAAUAUGACAACAACAUGAAUUGCAUCUAUGUCAUAGAGGCUAAUCCUCUGUCAGUGGUCCUCUUGACUUUUGUGUCUUUCCACUUAGAAGCUCGUUCUGCUGUGACAGGAAGCUGCGUCAAUGAUGGCGUGCACAUUAUCAGAGGUUACAGCCUCACGUCCACCCCAUUUGCUACUGUGUGUGGGAAUGAGAUGCCAGCUCCCCUCACCAUCGCCGGGCCGGUUCUGCUUCACUUCUACUCCAACGAGCAAAUCACAGACUUUGGAUUCAAGUUUUCCUAUAGGAUAAUCUCCUGUGGUGGUGUGUUCAAUUUCUCUUCUGGAAUCAUCACAAGUCCUUCCUAUUCGUACACAGACUACCUAAACGAUAUGCACUGUCUGUAUACCAUCACCGUUAGUGACGACAAAGUGAUCGAGCUCAAGUUCAGUGAUUUUGAUGUGGUUCCCUCCACCUCCUGCUCGCAUGACUACCUGGCAAUUUACGAUGGUGCCAAUACCAGCGAUCCCCUUCUUGGCAAAUUCUGUGGUUCCAAGCGCCCACCAAACGUGAAAAGCAGGAAUAAUAGUAUGCUCCUGGUAUUCAAUACAGACUCAUUUCAGACAGCAAGAGGCUGGAAGAUAUCUUUCCGGCAGACAUUGGGGCCUCAGCAAGGAUGUGGUGGUUAUCUGACAGCCUUGAAUAAUACCUUUGCCUCUCCUGAUUCUGAUUCGAAUGGACUAUAUGACAAGAAUUUAAACUGUGUAUGGAUCAUAAUUGCACCUGUAAACAAAGUAAUUCACCUCACCUUCAAUACAUUUGCUCUGGAGGCAGCAAGUACUGGGCAAAGAUGCCUUUAUGAUUAUGUAAAGUUAUACGAUGGGGAUAGUGAAAAUGCGAACUUGGCUGGAACGUUUUGUGGUUCCACCGUGCCUGCUCCUUUUAUCUCUUCUGGUAACUUCCUUACGGUUCAAUUCGUCAGUGAUUUGGUAUUAGAAAGGGAAGGAUUUAAUGCUACAUACACCAUCACGGACAUGCCUUGUGGUGGAACAUACAAUGCAACUUGGACCCCAAAAAAUAUUUCAUCACCCAAUUCAUCAGACCCAGAUGUCCCAUUUUCCACCUGUACUUGGGUCAUUGACGCCCCUCCACAUCAGCAGGUCAAGAUAACUGUGUGGGCGUUACAGCUGACCUCGCAAGACUGCACGCAGAAUUACUUAGAGCUUCAGGACUCACCACAGGGUCACGGAAAUUCAAGAAUUCAGUUCUGUGGCAGAAAUGCUUCAGCUGUGCCAGUGUUUUACUCUUCUAUGAGUACUGCAAUUGUCAUUUUCAAAUCUGGAGUUGUAAACAGAAACUCUAGAAUGAGUUUCACCUAUCAGAUAGCAGAUUGCAACAGAGACUAUCACAAGGCAUUUGGCAACCUGAGGAGCCCUGGAUGGCCAGAUAACUAUAACAAUGGCAUGGAUUGCACCAUUACUGUCACGGCCCCCCAGAACCACACCAUUUCUCUCUUUUUUCAUUCAUUUGGCAUCGAGAACUCAGUUGGAUGCAGAAACGAUUUCUUGGAGGUAACAUGUGAGAUAAUGGAAGUAAGCAGCACACUGCCACCAUUACUGGCAAGUACUGUGGAACCCUACCACAACGCCUGUCUCUCUCAAAAUAAUGCCACUAUACCUACGCGGAUUAAGGAAAAUAAAAUCGUAUUGCCUCACAAGCCAGACUGGACGGCUUAUAUGUUGUUGAAUCAAACUUCCUGUUCUGUUUUCCUUGCAGGAUGUGGUGGAACUCUUUAUGGAGACAGAGGCUCAUUCACCAGCCCUGGCUAUCCAGGCACGUACCCAAACAACACGCACUGUGAGUGGGCCCUAGUGGCUCCUGCUGGAAGGCUUGUCACCAUCAACUUCUACUUUAUCAGCAUUGACGAUCCAGGAGACUGUGUACAGAACUAUCUCACACUCUACGAUGGGCCCAACGCCAGCUCUCCAUCCUCUGGACCAUACUGUGGAGGCGACACCAGCAUAGCCCCCUUCGUGGCUUCCUCAAAUCAGGUCUUCAUAAAAUUUCAUGCUGAGUAUGCGCGGCAUCCCUCCGCUUUCCAAUUAACUUGGCACAGCUAAGCGGGUAACAACUCAUGUUCACUCAGCACUUCCCCUCUGCAGCACGCUGGACAGGACUCCGCCAUCUUUAUACACGACCCCUGCUGAUGCCACAGAGAAUAAGCUGAACUUUUAUGGUUUUCACCAAACCAUGGAUAGAAUGGAUAUUUGUAGGCCAGGCACGGUGGCUCACGCCCCUGUAUUCUCAGCACUUUGGGAGGCCGAGGCAGGUGGAUCACCUGCGGUCAGGAGUUUAAGACCAGUCUGGCCAACACGGUGAAACCCCAUCUCUACUAAAAAUACAAAAAUUAGCCAGGCGUGGUGGCAUGCUCCUGUGGUUCCAGCUACACAGGAGGCUGAGGUGGAGGAUCACUUGAGCCCAGGGAGCAGAGGUUGCAGUGAGCUGGGAUCACACCACUGCACUCCAGCCUGGGCAACACAGCGAGACUCCAUCUCAAAAAAAAAAAAAAAAAGAAUCAAUAUUUGUACAUUUUCUCGAACAUAGAACAUAGCUGCUUUAGUCUUGAGUGUGCAUUUCAUUCUAAUAUUUUGAGCUGAAAUUUAAAAAAACUUUGAAAGACUUGGAAAUGAUUAUGGCAUAUAUGAUAUACAUUUUUAAAAGUUAAUAAUAAUAGCCAGGGGCAGUGGCUCAUACCUGUAAUCCCAGCACACUGGGAGGCCAUGGUGGGAGGAUUGCUUGAACCUAGGAGUUUGAGACCAGCCUGGGCAACAAAGUGAGACCUUAUUUCUACAAAAAAUCAAAAAAUUAGCCAGGCAUGGUGGCAUGCUCCUGUGGUUCCAGCUACACAGGAGGUUGAAGCAGGAGGAUCACUUGAGCCCAGUAGGUUAAGGCUGCAGUGAAACCCUGUGAAUUAACCAUGGUACUCCAGCCUGGGCAACAGACUGAGACCCUAUCUCAUAAACGACAACAAGAACAACAAAAGUUAAUCAUAAUAUAGAAGCACAAAUUUCUUGUGAAUGUUCAAUUAGGCAUAAUAAACAUUAUUGAAUUGUACACAA